CCGCUCACAGUCUGCAUCUUGUUUCUGCGCGAACGAGUUCUUUCUCAGUAGAGAAUCGAGACUAUUUCUACCUCCCGUUCCCUAACUUCCACUAGAGUGGCACAAGGGUUUCUUUUUCUCCACUUGUGACAUUCCGUGACUGGAAAUGCAUUUUCUGCACUGAAGAUUAACAGUUUUCCCGAGUGAGGAAUAAAACUUGAAGACUUUUUAAACACCGGGUUAACUCACCGAUUGGCUAUGACAGUGAGCCGGCUAGAGCCAGCCUAUCGAGGGGAACUUAAAAAGGGAAGGAUGAAAAUCUUAAGAAGGAAUACUGUGAGAAUGUUAUUGUUUUUCCUGUAUACCGUUUUGAUGAUUAAAACAGCCAGUGCCGCUGUGGUGACGGAAAAUUUGAACUACACAACAGAAGAAUUCGAAGGAGUUCGCUUAUCAUUAAAUGGAAGAACGGAACGCAGUCACGAUGAUGAGAUGAUCUUUGUGGAACCCCGCGGAAGACCAAAUGAUCGCUACGAUGAUCAGCAUUAUCGUCCUUACUUUGACGAUAACAUCGAAACUAAUGUUACCUACCAGCUGUCAAAAACAGCCUACCUGCAUUGUAGCAUACGCCAAUUAGGGGAUAAAAUGGUUUCUUGGGUGAGACAAAGAGAUCUUCACAUACUGACGGUUGGAAAGUAUACUUACACUACCGACCAGAGAUUCACUUCUAUCCACAUGGAUAAUUCCGACGACUGGACCCUGGAAAUACGAGACACGAGAAAGAAAGAUUCAGGAAUAUAUGAGUGCCAAGUCAGCACAGAACCGAAGAUGAGUCUAGCUAUUCGGUUAAACAUUAUUGUUGUAGAAGCGUACAUAUCAGAGGGGCCCAUCCUUUACAUCAAGAGCGGUAGUCCAGUAAACUUGACUUGCCAUGUAAAGGAUCAGGUUGGUACCGUUUUCCUCUUUUGGUACCACAACGGACGUGUCCUCGACGAAGGGGAAAAGAAGCACCGAGGAAUUGAAGUCUUCACGGAAUUUGGGCCAACAUCAAUCAGCAGACUUUAUAUCGCCAAGGCCAAAGAGUCAGAUUCAGGAAAUUAUUCUUGCCAGCCAUCCUACGCCGAACCCGCCAACAUUACUUUGCAAGUUUUGAAUGGAGAAAAACCUGCUGCUAUGCAACAUGGAAGGAAAAAUGAUGGAUUUGUAACCAAAGCUUCUGUCGCAAUCAUUGCCCUGUUGAGCUUUGUAUUCCUGAUCUAAAAGUUUGGCUGAACUGGAUGUAAUAGCCAAUAAAUAUCCCCAAGGGAUAUGAUUUAAAGAGACACUGGAAGACUUUCUGUUGGCAUCCCAGCCAACAAAUGUGACGACAUUGGUGUGAAAACCAAGUAACGCGUCACUCUUCAGUAUUAUGUUCUUCUUAAUUUCUCUGUUAAACAGACUGAAUAGCUGUCAUCCGUCUCCUGUGUUCGCCACUUCAGUUUUCUUCUGUGAUGAAAACCGUGGAUGUUUCGCUUCAUCAUUGUCCUACUGUGUCGGUGUUAAUGUAAAGGAAAUUUGCAAAAAUGUAUGCCGCAAAUUUCUCUGCUUUAUGGUGUAUUUUAACAGAACACUCACAAACUCUGUAUGAACGUAAUUCUUUUCAGAAGAUCUUUAUUUUAUAAGCGUUUAAAAAAAAGACGAUGGUAAUCCGUCGUUCGUCAUUAUUUGUAUCGAGCAUUUGUACAAUUUCGCAUGAACAUGUUACUGAUUUGAUUUCGAACAUGGGUGCUCAAUGCUAGUCACGAUGAAGGAUAUAGUCCUUUUUUAUUUUGUAUUUCAGGUUUUGUUUCGACCCCUUCGCUCCUGAGACAGUUGCUUAGAAUUUUUUUUUCAAUUCUUUUUGCAGUACUGUGGUUUCAAACCCAAAAAAGACACCGAAUAGGGAAAGUUAUGUUCCUGUGAAGCAGACCAUCUGGUAGAAAGAUAUUAAAAUUAAGCCAUCAACGUGGUAAGAUAGAAAUAAAGAAUAUCCCAGAUGAUCAAACGCAAUAUUUUUUUUUAAUUUCAUAUGUCAAGUUUAGGUUAAUACAAAAUCCAAAUACCAGCAAAGAUGAAGCCAAACGGCAAAGAUGGGAAGCAACCCACACUACCGGAUAACAAUAAAGAGAACAAUAGAAAAUAAAAUAUUGAGAUGAUUUUAAUGUAAUCAAUCAUGUUGAAGUCUUUAUAAGGUUCAUAUUCUAUUCAAGCUGAAACCAAACAGGAAAAGAUGGACUUCAUUUGUAGAGCAACUCAUUUGUAGAGAAACUAAAGAUGAGAGCAAGGCACCAAAGGACGAAACAAAGGAUCGAUAGAUGGAUCAUUUAUUCUAAUGUCCUUUGGAAUAUGAAUCAUUCGAAUUCCAAACCAAACAACCAAACUAGAGAUCAACUUCGAGCCGCUUAACUGCCAAAGAAGCUUCAAGGUCAGUUUACUUUAUUUUCCACCUCGGUGAUGAAAAGGAGCCAAUUAAGCCAAAAAGAAUAUUUUAAAAUAUGAAAAAGCAUACAGCACCUAUUUAGAUAAAAAUUUAAUAAUAAUAAGUGUAUCGAAUCAUAUUGAAAUAAAAUAGAACGGAAAUCAGAUAAAUAGUAUCUAAUUGAAGUCAAACUACACUUUCCUGUACGAAUCAGGAAAUAAAAGGAAGUAAUCUAUUUAGAAAUUAAGCCAUAAAAAAUGCUAAAAAUUUGAAAUACAUGAAGUAUCUAAUGAAAGCAAUAAAAGCAAAUAAAUAAAAUUAUAUUGUUGUCAAUUAGUAAAUAGAAAUAAAAUAAAUAGAAUAGAAUUGAGGUCAAAUUUCACAGGAUCGCAAGUAUAUCUUUGUCCACUGCAGCGCUGAUUAUAAAAAUGACAGAUUUCUUAGCAUUGUUCUGAAUAACUUUUUUUUUCUGAUGUGAAAACUUAAAGCGUAAAACAAGCGAUUCAGAUCCUUCGUAUAAAACUAAUUGCGCAUACGUUUUGCAUUCACUCGAUUUUUAAGUAUUCAUUCAUUUUUUCCCUCAAAAAUAUAUGUAAUUCCCUUGUAGAGAAAAAUCAAAAAGAUAAUGAAACUUUAAAAAAGCCAAAAUAAUAAUCUGGAUAUAAGAAGUAAUUAGCAUUUUAUCUUAAAUUUGGAAAAAAAAUAUUAGCUUAAAUAUCUCCUUAAGGGCUAUCUUCGAUGAUAAAUUUAAAAGAAUAGCAUAGUUUCAAGGAAUAUGCUUAAAUAACAAAAAUCCAUCUUUAAGAAUAAGCUUAAUUUCUAGCAAUCUAUUUUACAGAAAAGUUGUGCUUAUUUCUAAAUGAGUGGCAUAGUUUAGUUUAUUAAAAAUCAUUUUGAUGCAGAAAUAAUUAGUAAAAGAAUUAUGGUAACAUAUUAUACAUAUAUAAAUUUGUAUUUAUUUCCAUUUUUUUUAUUUUGAGUUAUAAGUAUAUUAAAUGCUAUAAAAAUUUCCAAAGCAAAUAAGAGAAUUAAAAAUGGAAUAUUGUGAUGAGUAUUAAGGUAUACAAAUAUCCAAAUCCUAUUUUAUUCUGCCGUGAGAAGACCUAAAAUCUGCUAUCAAGAUUGAUAUUGAUGAAGGCAAAUGCAAAACAACCUGCUCAGAAUCUGUUAUAAAUGCCUAAAAUUUUAAUAAGAACAGAAAAAAAAAGAAUAGAAAAUGGAAUGAUGUUCAGAGUCUAAAGCCCAAGACAUUGAAAUACAGGUGCUAAAUCCAUAUGAUCAAGAUUCCGCAAGCCUCGUAGACACAAAUGAUGACUGAAUUAUGAUUCAAUUUUUUAAUGGAAAUUAUUACAUUUUUAAUUUAUAUUAAUAAAAAUGAAAGCAAUAUUAAUUCAGUAAACUUCACCCAUUUAGGCUGAAACAGAAAUUAUGUUCUAAAUAGAGGUAUAAGAGAAAACAAUUUACUUACAAAAAAAGAAAAACUAAAUUGUGCUAACUCAGUCAAUUGACUAUUAACUUCAAAGAUGCCAGAAACACUUUUUUGCCAAACAUGAGACAUGAUUUUAUUCGCGUAUAUUGCUGUUAUCUUUUUUCUUUCUUUUAUCAAUUCUAUAUUCAUAAUUCCUUUGUUCAGAACUUAAAGACAUUGUUGAAAAAAUAUAGCUAACUUAACGUACAGAGUGAAUUAUAAGUGGCCACACAUAAUUCACUCUGUACUCUCUCCUCUCCAUAUGCAGUGAAAACCCACAGCCAGUCUGCCUAUCCGAGUUGGGUGUAAGGCAAUAAAUGGCGAACUGGGGAGGAGAAUCAAUCCCAGCAGCCAGAAGGCACGCCGGAUUAGCUCAGAAGCCGGACAUAUUUAUUUAAAAACCAAGAACUGUUACAUGCAUUGCCCUUGAAACAUGAGCAGUACUUAAUUACAAGGAUAAAAAGGCAUAAAAAUAAAACUGUAUGAUACCAUAUACAGUUUACUUUCAACACAUGCACAAAACGCAGAUAGUCCAUGUCACUAUGGCAAAUCUUAUCAAGAAACUAAAAAGGACAGGUUCACUCGCCGAUGCAAUUAGAUCUGCUGCCGUUCUUCGUCUUUGGAUAAUUUUUGCCUCAAUGUCAUGUGUUAUCUCUGUUUUGUGCUACAAACACUCAGUAUAGGAUAAAACUCCUAUACAGCAGAAUAAUAUCUAUCCGUUCUUUUAUGGCAAAUGAUAUCUUUUUGCGACUGGCUCACAUUCCUAAAAAUAAGAUAGAAAUUAGCUAUAGCUUUUAACAUUUGUGUGGCGACUUAUGACUCGUCCAGUAUUAAAUUAUUAACGAAUGUUAAUAUUAUUAUACACGGAAAACCAUUUCAAUGCUUGUGUUUGUGAAUAAAAUGAAAUAUUUAGGAGCGAAGGGGUGAGUUGUGCAUCGGUGCGCAUCUGAAAGUAUGUUUUUAAGGAGAUAAAUGAGCUUACUCAAUUUGUAUUCUUCAUGUGUAGGUGAACUAGAGUUCAUUACAUUCAAACAGAGCUUCACAAGACAAGUACAAGUGGAUACGGGAACUCGUGAAUUCUGUUUGGAACCAUUCUGAAAGAAAAUCAUUAUCAGAAGAAAAAUGUAAAAUACAAAACACUUUGGUCUCUCAGAGUCUUGCUGACGACCCCUCAUCAGUACUCGUUGUUUGAAAAUAAACGUUUUUAUGCUUCUUUUUUUAAAAAUA